AUGUGGCGCAUGCUCGGUCUCGGCUCGGCUGGCGACUCAAACAGCGCCAAGGACCCUCCAUCUCGAGGCCUACCAGCAUCUUGGUACAGAUCUCCAGAGUUGUUCCAACUAGAAAGACGCGCCAUCUUCUCUCGGAAAUGGAUCCUCGUCACUCAUUCAUUGAGGUUCAACCAGCCCGGCGACUUUCUCUCCUUCACAUAUGCUGAAUUUCCCUUCUUUCUCGUCCGCGAUCGCGAAGGCUCCAUUAAUGGCUUCCACAACGCAUGUCGCCAUCGCGCAUACCCCAUUGUGGAGUCUCGCUGUGGUGAAGCCAAGAUCUUGAGCUGCAAAUACCACGGCUGGUCCUACGGCUUUGGCGGAAACCUGGCCAAGGCGCCUCGCUUCGACACUGUCAAGGGCUUCGACAAGAGCCAGCAUGGGUUGCUUCCAGUCAACGUGCACAUCGACAAGCUUGGCUUUGUUUGGGUGAACCUACAGGCCGGGGAACCAGAUGUGAAGUGGGACGAUGAUUUUGGAGGUAUGGAGGACAAGCCGAGGAUGAAGCAAUUCGACUUCUCCGGCGGCUACUCCUUCGACCACGUUUGGGACAUGGAUCUCGAUGCCAACUGGAAGUCGGUGAUGGAGAACUACAACGAGUGCUAUCACUGUCCAACAUCCCACCCGUUGAUCGCGGGAGUCUCAGAUUUGACCAAGUAUCGAGUCGAACCCAGCGGCGGCUGUCUGGAGCAUGAGAUUGUUAAUAAGAAGCCGCAAACCGAAGAGGACGAGUUCCGUCGUUCAAUCACGUUUGCGUUCCCCUGCACAUCCAUUACCAUAACCAAGAACUUCUUCUACAUUCAACGCAUGAUUCCCAUGGGUGCAACAAAGACGAAAAUUGAAAAUGAGAUUUAUCGUCAUAAAGUCGCAACAGACGAAGAAUUUGCCGCCAUCAACGCCUUCUACAAGCAGGUCUUGGAAGAAGACAAGCAUUUGUGCAAUGAGGCGCAGCGAAACCUCGACGCGGGUGUGUUCGUAAAUGGGGAGCUGCACCCCGACAAAGAAAAGGGUCCAAUUCAUUUCCAGAACGUCGUCAGGGAGGAGGUCAUGAACCAUCGAAAGAAGGAAAUGAAGCAAGGUGGACGGGAAAUCUGGCCCGCGACACCAAAGAUCAUGGGGGAGAUGAAAACCGGUAAGUUGAGUGAGGAAGAGAUGUUCUGUUCAGAACUCGAAGCAGCGAGCUGUCGAACGAGAGAGGAGUUGGCGUGGUGA